ACAGACCUAGCCCCAUACCAGACUCCACAGCAUUCUACAGACCUGGCCCCAUACCAGGCUCCACACCAGUCUACAGACCUAGCCCCAUACCAGACUCCACAGCAUUCUACAGACCUGGCCCCAUACCAGGCUCCACACCAGUCUACAGACCUAGCCCCAUACCAGGCUCCACAGCAUUCUACAGACCUGGCCCCAUACCAGGCUCCACGACAUUCUACAGACCUAGCCCCAUACUAGGCUCCACAGCAUUCUACAGACCUGGCCCCAUACCACGCUCCACACCAGUCUGCAGAUCUGGCUCCACAAAAGUUUACACAUCUAGCUUGAGACCAGGCUACACACUUGACUCCAGACCAGGCUCCAGACCAGACUCCACACCAGGCUCCAGACCAGUCUACAGUCGAAGCUCCAGAUCUGGCUCCACACUGGUCCACAGUCGAAGCUCCAGAUCUGGCUCCACACUGGUCCACAGUCGAAGCUCCAGAUCUGGCUCCACACUGGUCUACAGCCGAAGCUCCAGAUCUGGCUCCACACUGGUCUACAGCCGAAGCUCCAGAUCUGGCUCCACAAAAGUUUACACAUCUAGCUUGAGACCAGGCUACACACUUGACUCCAGACCAGGCUCCAGACCAGACUCCACACCAGGCUACACACCAGCCUUGGAUGGGGGACUCGUUUCGAGCGCGUGACAUCAGCCUGAAGGCGCAGAAGAAGCUGCUAAGUAAGAUGUCCAACAAGACUAUGGCCAAGAACUUCAUUGAUGACACUCUGGCCUCCAUCCUCGACAACAUGUACAGCUUAGCUAAGGCCUAUACUGGCAACAAGAAAGAGGCGGAGAAGUUGGUAAAGAACAUCAUCAAGAUCGUUGUUAAGAUCAACAUUCUGUACCGCAAUGAACAGUUCUCUCAGGAGGACCUCAGGGUCGCCAACCAGGUGAGUCAGGCUAAGCCCAGUUAUUCUCCACAGCAUCCCCACAGUUACUGAAGAUAAAAA